CCUCUUAAGGGAAGUAGCGCCGCCAUUUUCUCUGGCGGACUGAAGUGAACGUUGCUGUUCCGCACGGGCGAAACGAGUUUCCUUAAAACGCUCUGCCAUUGCCGUGAGCGUCGGUCUCCUUUCAGGCGGUAGAGCGGGGAGACGAAGGCGGAAGCGAAGCUUGGAAUAGAAUGAGUGGCUGUCGUGUCUUUGUUGGACGGUUAAGCCCCCAUGCUCGGGAACGAGACGUAGAGAAAUUUUUCAAAGGAUAUGGCCGUAUCCGUGAGAUUAAUCUCAAAAAUGGCUUUGGUUUUGUGGAAUUUGAGGAUCACAGAGAUGCAGAUGAUGCAGUUUAUGAAUUGAAUGGCAAAGAGCUGUGUAAUGAAAGGGUUACAAUUGAACAUGCCAGAGCUCGAAGAGGGGGUAGGGGCAGAUACCCACAACGAUUCAAUUACUACCAGUCUUAUGGGGGUGGAUCUAGUCAGUAUGGUCCACCUCUUCGUACUGAACACAGACUUAUAGUUGAGAAUCUUUCUUCACGUGUCAGCUGGCAGGAUUUGAAAGACUUCAUGAGGAAAGCUGGGGAAGUUACUUUUGUGGAUGCUCACAGAAACAAUCCAAAUGAAGGAGUGGUAGAGUUUGCAUCAUCCAGUGACAUGAAGAGUGCAAUGGAUAAAUUGGAUGGCAGUGAAUUAAAUGGACGUAGAAUUAAACUAAUUGAAGAUCGCAAAAGGCGCAGGAGCCGGUCUCGUUCUCGAAGUUAUUCAAGGUCUCGCAGCAAGUCAAGAUCUGCAAGAUCCUCUAAGUCAACCAGCAAGUCUCGUUCUAAAAGCCACACCCCAGAAAAAAGGGGCUCUCGAAGCCGUACACCUGAAAGAAAAAGCUCUGAAAAAAACCACUCUGGCACGCAGAAUUCCUCUCCAUCGCCUCCGCCAAAGAAGAGGUCUCGCUCCAGGUCAAGUUCUGCUGAAAGCUGUACUUAAAAGAUAUUUUGAGAAAUGUAUAAAUGUUUAAUUUCCAAAUCAAAUUUUCUACAAGCUUAAAUAAGUUGUGGAUGGGGGUGUUCUCAAAUGAGCAGAGACAUCUGAAGAGCGCACGUAGGUAGGUAAAUUGUAAACAGUAAAAACAAAAACCAAUAAAUUGGCAAAUUAUAAUUACUCAAAUGUACUAUGCACUGUGUUGAGGCCUUGCUGAAUAAAGUAGGACACAUUGGGAGUGUUUUCCUCAUUGGUAUCUUCAAUGAAUUUAAGACCUAGACUGUGGCGUUGCUUUUCAGAAUUCUUUGUGCUUUGCA